GUCGCCAAGGAAAAAAUCUUAUUCAGUCCUCUCUUUUUUUUGCCUCUCCCCGGCAUCAAGUGCAAUCCACAGCGCGGAGCCUGGCUCCCACUUCCCACUGCCUUUUUGGUGGACGGGAUUUCAGAGGGAGCGGACUGUCGCCCACUGAUAAGAAUACCUCGGGGAUGAAGUUUUAAAUUCUCUCUCCUAUCUGGGAUACUACUGAAUAAACAAAUAACCCACUGCGGAUAUCUGUUAUCCAUCAAUCGAAUGCUAUCAGGCCUAGGAGCUUGGUCAGUGCAAUGGGCCCCUUACCCGCGUGUGUGCUGCUCUCGGUGGCGCUGUGCGUCCUGGCGGCGGUGCGGAGUGUGAGCGCGGCGGACGCCUCCGUCGUCGACGACGACGACUACACCUGGCCGCAGUGGUCGGUGCCGCUGGUGCGCGAGAAGCGGACGGUGCACCUGAGCAACCCGGCCUUCUCCGCGCCCGCCCGCGCCCAGCUGCACGCCACCUGCGGCAUCGAGUGCCAGCGGGGCCUGCCGGACCCCAGCGUGUCCGAGCUGGAGCGCCUGCUCUCGUACGAGACGGUCUACGAGAACGGCACGCGCACGCAGACCACCAUCGCCCUGCAGGGGCUCGACGAGGCCGCCGCCCGGCCCGUCUGGCCCGGCGUCGACCCGUCCGGCCGCUCGCGGCGCAAGCGCGAGGUCUACGGCGUGGACACGCGCUUCACCAUCGCCGACAAGCAGUUCUCCACCAAGUACCCGUUCUCCACCUCCGUCAAGAUCUCCACGGGCUGCUCGGGCGUGCUGGUGUCCCCCAAGCACGUGCUGACCGCCGCCCACUGCAUCCACGACGGACACGACUACGUGAGCGGCGCGCAGAAGCUGCGCGUGGCCGUGCUCAAGGAGCGCUCCAAGCGCCGCGGGAAGGGAGGCGGCAAGGGCGGGCGCGGCGGAGGCGGCGGGCGCGGGAGGGGGCGCAAGCGCAAGGGCGGGCGAGAGGAGGACAACGCCAUCGACGCCAACGAGGAGGCGGAGGACGACGAGGAGGAAGCGCCGGAGGAGGCGAGAGGAGGAGGCGGCGGCGGGGAGAGGCAGGGGAGGCGCAGGGGCCGGAAGGGACGAAGCCGCAGCCGGAGGAGCGCGGACGCCGGUCAGCCGUCUUUCCGCUGGACCACCGUCAAGCAGACGCAGGUGCCCAAGGGCUGGUUCAAGGGCGAGUCCAAGAACGUCUCGGCCGACUACGACUACGCCAUCCUGGAGCUGAAGCGAUCGCAGAAGACCCGCUACAUGGACCUCGGCGUGGUGCCCUCCAUCAAGAAGCUGCCCGCCGGACGCAUCCACUUCUCAGGCUUCGACGACGACAGACCGGACCAGCUGGUGUAUCGCUUCUGCUCGGUGUCGGAGGAGUCCAACGACCUGCUGUACCAGUACUGCGACGCCAAGCCGGGCUCCAGCGGCUCCGGAGUCUACAUCCGCCUGAAGGAGCCGGGCAAGAAGCGCUGGAAGCGGAAGAUCGUCGGCGUCUUCUCCGGGCACCAGUGGGUGGACGUGAACGGCGCCCAGCAGGACUACAACGUGGCCGUUCGCAUCACGCCCCUCAAGUUCGCUCAGAUCUGCCACUGGGUCCACGGAGACUCCAGCAUCUGCCAGGCCACCUGAGCGCAGGUGACAUAACCACCAAACGCUUCCCCCCCACCCCCCCUCACCUCCCCCACCCCCCCCGU